AAAGACAUUUCACUGAGUACCAGACAGCAGCUGCAGCUAAAAAUAAAGAAUGAUAAGCAACCAGAACCUUAGUUAAACACAGAAGCCACCCUCAAUGCCGGAAAGAAAUCAAAGGCAACAAUGAAAUCGCUGCGGUUCAUUAGUGCUGAGGCUUUGGUAUCGAAUGCGCAACUUGCCAGGAAAAAUCUCAGCAGUGUUGCACAUAACCUUUUUCCUCUUCUUUUUAAAGCUAGUUAUUUACUGGAGCAGGGGGAAGUGAUUCAUGACCUGGUGGAAAACUGGCCCCUGGCAGACUUUAAUAUAGGAAAACUGUUAGGGACAACAGUGGAUUACCAGGAAGACAUCAGCAGCAGAGCAUGCUGUGUUUGUUUGGAAAGUUGUCUAGUUGGGCUGAGAGAUUACGUGUUGAAUUGCUCUUCUCCAUACUCAAAGAGACUGAAAGUGGUGGACCUGACAGGCAUAAAAGAUGUUGAAGUUCAGCUCUGCAAGUGUAAGAAGACUCUGGGAAGGUGGGCCAGGACAGAGCUACUAUCAAAGCUCUCUUUUGAGCUGCUUGUUGAAAUGCAAAGGCUGCAGUUCAAUCCAUGUAUCUUUGAUAUCGCUAUUGAUGUUCUCAUUGACCUGUUUGUUACAGAGCGGAACUAUGAACUUGUGGUCCAAGCCUUACUGAUGAGAUGCCACUGUCCACUAAAGAUUCGUUGUGUGGCAUUCAGAGCUGACAGUCUCACUUUACGAAAGCUUUUCUACAUCAUAAAGCUCACAGAUCCCUCUUCACUGCGCAAACUUGAAGUGGUUCACAAUAUUCGUUUGGAAAUGGAGCACUUGGAAGUGCUGUUUAAUAACAUCCACUUUCCUCUACUGACAUCGCUUACCCUGCCGGCCAGAGCAUUCAAUGUGCAGCGGUUUACAGCCGAGGAUGAACCAAUUCUUAUGACUAUUGGAGAAAAGAUGAGCCAAAUGACGCAGCUGACUGAGCUGAGCCUGGCAUUUUCUACCCUCACAGGAAAAAUACGGAAACUGCUCAGCCCACUGAAAACCCCUCUGAAGCUACUGGAUGUUUCUAACUGCGCCUUGAACCAUGCUGACAUGGCUUAUUUAGCCAAUAGCCUCCAUUCUAACCACCUGGAAGUACUGGACCUCAGUGGGCACAAUGUGGCUGACCUUUACCCCUCAACCUUCUUUAAACUUCUCAGCCACUGCUCUUAUACUCUGAAGAUGCUCAUCCUUGAGGAAUGUAACAUUCAAGACAUUCAUGUAAAUAUGUUGAUUUUGGGUUUGAUCCCUUGCCGGAAGCUACAAGAAUUCAAGUUCCUUGGAAAUCCCCUGUCAUCCCGAGCACUUAAAUGCCUCUUUAAUGUUUUUAGUGACUUGCCGAUGCUGAAAUACAUUGAGUUCCCAGUUCCUAGGGACUGCUAUCCUAACAAUGUCACCUACCCAAUUGAUGAUGCUUAUCUUUCAAAAUUUGAUCACCAAAAAUAUGAGAGUGUAUCAGAGGAACUUAAUAAUAUUUUACUUCAUGCAAACCGGGAGGACAUAAAGGCUUCAACACCACUCUUCGGAAGCUAUGACGCAGCCAUUCAAGAGACUGGCAAUGAACUGGGAUCUUACUUACUGAAAUCUUUCAAAGAUACUUUAGAAAACUUUAACAAAGCUCUUCAAGAAAUGAAUUAAAAUGUAGUGGUGAUGACUGCUCUGCCUAACAGAGAGUAAAUUCAAUAUACACUAGGAACUUCAAAACACUGCACAUCCAUUUCUGCUUUCGCUGAUUUCUGGACUGUAUUUGGUUUUAUUUUUGGAGCUACAGUAUAGCAUAUGCAUUUUUAAUCGUGCUAUGAAUUGCAAGUAUUAAUGUAAAGGCCACUUUCUGAGAACUCCUUUAAUCACUGCAUACUCUGCACAAAAGCACAGCUUUGGUUCCAGUUACUGCAGUAAAGCAAGAUAUGAUUGUAUUUCACCUGCAGUAUGACCUAGCCAUAUUUUUUAAUUUACCUAAUAAUGAUGGGCUAAUUUGUGCCCUCCUGCAGAUAAACACAUUGAGAGGGACCUUAGGAGGAACUAAACUCCACUAAUUUCCUCUGACGAAGUUUUAUCUAAAUUUGGCUGUGGAUUUGCCCCCCAUGGCAGAGAUAGGGAUUCCAAUCCCCAAAUCCUGCACACCCCCAAGAAUCGUGUGCUGGAGGCACAGGGCCAUCCCUGCACAGGUCCUUCUCUGCAUUAGCUAUCUCCAUUGUAGCCACACUGCCCUGUCCACUCGAGAUCUGUGGUAGUGCAACUGCAAUAGAGAUGAGCAGCCUACCUGGUAGCCGCCCCUGGAGCCCACCUUUAAGGAGGAGUUCCAUAGUGCAGAGUUGACUCCAAUCAAAAGAUAAUACAACUCCUACCCAUAUUAACUCCUGAGUGUAUGUUCCAGUGGGCUUGAGGGGAUGGGGGUGGAGACGAUGUGCACCCUGUAGUCCUUUUUCUUUCUAUGUAUGGACCCCAGAACCCAUACGUAGGUCUCUUUGAGGUUUGGAGGAAGGGGAGGCAGGGUGCUACUCAGACAACUGACCCUCCUUUCAUAUGUGGAUGCAAGAAAUUCACACAGAGCCCCUCCAUGCCUGGAUCCUAGAGGAUUAAAAGGCCCUAAAUACAGUAACUGUAUGAUUGCAUUCUGCAACCAUCAUCAUCUUCAUACGAGCAAUGCUGAGAUCUGCAGAAAAGGACUUAGGGGUUAGAGUGGACGAGAAGCUGGAUAUGAGUCAACAGUGUGCCCUUAUUGCCAAGAAGGCCAAUGGCAUUUUGGGAUGUAUACGUAGGGGCACUGCCAGCAGAUCGAGGGACGUGAUCAUUUCCCUCUAUUCAACAUUGGUGAGGCCUCAUCUGGAGUACUGUGACCAGUUUUGGGCCCCACACUACAAGAAGGAUGUGAAAAAAUUAGAAAGCAUCCAGCGGAGGGCAACAAAAAUGAUUAGGAGACUGGAACACAUGACUUAUGAGGAGAGGCUGAGGGAACUGGGAUUGUUUAGUCUGCGGAAGAGAAGAAUGAGGGGGGAUUUGAUAGCUGCUUUCAACUACCUGAAAGGGGGUUCCAAAGAGGAUGGAUCUAGACUGUUCUCAGUGGUAGCUGAUGACAGAACAAGGAGUAAUGGUCUCAAAUUGCAGUGGGGGAGAUUUAGGUUGGAUAUUAGGAAAAACUUUUUCACUAAGAGGGUGGUGAAACACUGGAAUGCGUUACUUAGGGAGGUGGUGGAAUCUCCUUCCUUAGAUAUUUUUAAGGUCAGGCUUGACAAAGCCCUGGCUGGGAUGGUUUAGUUGAGGGUUGGGUCCUGCUUUGAGCAGGGGGUUGGACUAGAUGACCUCCUGAGGUCCCUUCCAACCCUGAUAUUCUAUGAUUCUAUGAUCUGCAGACCAGCCCUCAGAUGAGAAGUGCAGGGUGUGUUCAAGUUAAGGUAGUUUUUUCUGCUUUUCUUCUGUAUGAUGAUAAUACAGAAUAAUUAAAUGCAACUAUAAAAAUCAGAGGGGCAUCUACUCUCAAUAAUCCCACUAUUUUGAGAUUUACAGGUCUCUGGCCCUUCCUGCAUGUACACAAAUAACAAAUAAAAAUUAUUUUUAUCUGUGGUCUGUGUAUUAAUUAAUUCAAAUCCACCAUACAUGCAAAUCAAAAGAAAAAGAAAAGAAAAGCUGUGUGGUUCCUCACCCCAUACAGGAGGAGCAGCCCUCUCCAUAUCCUCCCCUGAGUGGGGGUGCAGAGACUCAUGGGGACAGGGGGUGGAGGUGGCUGAGUGAGGGCAGAAGGGACACAU